AUGAAAGAGUGGUGCGACCCGGUCCGAGAUGAAGGCAUCUUGGACAACGACGAGACUAUUUGCGGCACCGAGUCCUAUUGUAGGCUCUUCACGAGGCCCGAGGUGCUCAACAAUCCUGAUAGCCCAUACACCAGCGAGAGCGACUGCUUCUACCGCCACGAGAAGAUGCCUGAGACUGAGUGGAAGGCGAAGGGAAUGUGGACAUCGCCUCGGGGCCGCAUGAAGCGAGGAAGCAAGCCGUUUCAUCCCGCUCCUUGCUGGGCUCCCUACACAGAAAAGGAGUACACAUACAAACAAAGAGAUGAGGAGUGUCUCGGAACGGCACUAUACUGUGCCCAGUUUUCGAAUCCUUUCGGAGACAAAAACUCGAAUUGGAGCGAAAAGGGCAAAUACCAGGACGAAAGAGCUUGUCUCCUCGACCGUGAAGCUCAGCCCGACGCUGCUUCGAACGACAAGUGUUCUGGGGAUUUCUGCACGUGGGGUCACACGGAGCCCGUCCCAGAGGGCGAAUUCAACAUAGUCUAA